AUGUGCUGUGAGCGGCAAUCUCUGAGCCCAGACAUUCUCAUGGAAACUCCAGAAAGGCACCAGCUAUUCCUUGAGGAUACUCACCUAAGGUCUGUGAUUGAAGAAGAGGCCUUUAAGCUUUUAUCCCAGCACUCCUUGCUGGACAGACUGUCUUCUCCUAGCGAUGGAUUCAGUCACCAGGAACAGAAUAACCAGCAUGUUCUGGGGUUUCCUAGAAAACUUUGGCAAAUAGUGGAAAGCCCUGAAUUCAAAUCGAUUUGGUGGGGCGAAGGAGGAACCUGCAUCGUGAUAGAUGUAGAGCGAUUUCAGACAGAAGUUUUAGAGAUGAAAGGCCAUUUCAGAAUCUUUGAAACGUGCAACAUGAAGAGCUUUGUGCGACAGCUUAACCUUUAUGGAUUCAGGAAGAUGCAGUCAACUUUUCAGAGAUCGGCUUCCCUAUUCCACUUUAUGCCGGAAUGUCAUGAUGUCUUAGGGACAAGCAAGUUGCAUUUCUUCCAUCACCCACAUUUCAAACAAGGCUGUCCUCAGCUCUUACGACACGUUCUAAGAAGAGUGAGCAUUAAGAAGAAAUACCAGCCAUUGGAAUCCUCACCUCAAAAUCAGCCCAAUGAGUCACCUCGAGCACAGGAAGUUUUAGCAAAGAAUAAUGGAAAUGCAAGUGUUGUUCCACGGAACAGCACCAGUCUUGGAAACUAUGCAUGCUUUGGUGCAUCAUCUCGCAGAUGCAGUCCACCUGUAGCUGAGAACGUGGCACGUGAACCUGGAGCAAUACGAGGGGCCUUAUCAGCUCCACCAUCAUCUUCUGCCAUACGAGCAGUCAUCAAGGACACACUCACACUUGCAAUUUCUCCUCAGUUGACACCGAAACCACAAAAGGAUGCCACUCUACACUCAUCCUUACCCAAUGAUGCUGCAGCCAUCAGGAUUCCCCCUCACAUACCGGGAAUUCUGGUCCCAUCAACAAUCAUCUCAUCCCCCAUUCCUGGCAGGCAAUCCACACAUCCCCAUGAGAAUGAUGCCACCGCCAUCUUUUGCUUGCCCUCUUACUCAUUUCCAAAAUGA